AUGGAAAUCACAAACCAAGACCUGAAUUCAAAUGAGAUGAUAUGGGAUUUUCAUGACAUUACAAAAGCACAAUCUGUGUUUGUGACGGAGGGAGAUUCAGUCACUCUACUCACUGGUAUUAAGAAAAACCAAGAAGACAGAAUCAGAUGGUACUGUAAUGACACUCGCAUCGCUCAAAUCAAUGGCGAUCCCAGUAAGACCUGCACAGAUGUUCAGUGUAAUGAAGGUACUGAGAGAUUCAGAGACAGACUGAAGCUGGAUCAUCAGACUGGAUCUCUGACCAUCAUGAACAUCACAAACACAGACUCUGGACUUUAUCAACUUAAGAUCUUCAGCAGCAGCAGCAUCAGUGAAAAGACCUUCAGUCUUUCUGUCCGUGGUGUUUCUGCUGCUGAACGAGAUAAAAUGAAGAGAAAGUCAGUGAAGGAGGGAGAAUCUGUCACUUUAGAUCCUGGUGUAAUAAAACAACCAAAUCAUGUGAUGAUGUGGUAUUUUAAUGACACUCUCAUCGCUGAAAUCACUGGAGAUCCCAACAAGGCCUGCACAGACUUUCAUUGUCCUGAGAGAUUCAGAGACAGACUGCAGCUGGAUCAUCAGACUGGAUCUCUGACCAUCAGGCACAUCAGAAUCACAGAUUCUGGACUUUAUGAACUAAAGAUCAGCAGCAGCAGUCGUCGCCACCGCCGCAGCAUCAGCAGUGUAAAGAGCUUCGAUGUUACUGUCAUUAAUUCAGGUCUGUCUCCGGGUGCUGUAGCAGGUCUGUCUGUUAUUGUUCUUCUGCUGGUGACUGCAGCUGUAGCUCUUGGUGUGAUUUUCUAUCACGGCAAGAGAUCCAUAAACGGUCACGAGAUUGUGCAGUCCGAACAGGAUUAGUGGGUAACAUGAUUUCUACUGAAGCAUUAUUCACAUUGAUCCAUCGUUUCCCAAAAAUACUGUACCUAAUGAUCAUCAAGGGGCCAUUCACACAGAACGGGUUUUUCCAUUCCACCUCGGUACUUUCCGAUUGUUUUUCUGUGUAAUCACAUGCUAGAUAAACGUGUUAGACUGCAACACUUGUGUCUUUUUCAACACCUUGCUCACAGGAUGACGUUCUAACAACACGGCGCUCAAGUUAAAACUGUUUUUCCUGAUAUUCAUGUUCUUUGGAAUGUCACUGUUGUACUCUGUUGUCUACACUUUGAUGAUUAUGGCCUUCACAGGUAUUCCAUUGAACAUCUAAUGUUUUGCUAAUAUUUUGCCAUGGCU